ACUGUAUAUAUGGUUACAUAUAUUAAAAGUAUUAGAAGGCUUACAAUUCAUGAAACUGCAAGAACUCAUUUCUUUGGUUUGAGCACAGGAAGAAUAUAAAGGGGCUGAAAAGGUUGGGUGAGUUACUGAGAGUUUACUGCUGUGUAGGGCAUAGAGCAUGCUGAUCUGGGCAGCUUCUUGACUAAUGCAAUCACACGUUUUCAGAAAAAAAAAUUGUUUUGACUAUUCUCAGGGAAUCAAGAGAGGAAAAAUAUCAACUUGUACCAAUAGCUAGAAACCCAAAAUGCAGCUGAAAAUCAAAUAAGUCUUGUUGGAGUUAAAGCUAUGAUAGACAUGACCUUCACUACAGCUGAAACAGGUCAAAACACGAGGGACAGUAACUGCUUUUCCAAAGAAUUCUUUCAAUUCUGAAGCAGAGGUUCAAAGAUGAAUAUACUAAAGAUUCAGAAUCUGUAGUGGGAAAGGAUACUCUCUGCUCUGAUUGGAAGUCUGAAUUAAAAGUUCAGACUCAGGGACACUUAAUUUUGACCUCAUCAAAUGUUCUUGGGUAUUGAGCAGUGAGAGCUUGCGAUUGCAAUAGUAGAUCAGCUCCGAGCUGCAUGAUUAAAUAUCUGUCACCUUAAGCUCAGAUUCAAGAAAGGUAUUGAUAAAUAUGAAAUGGUAGCUGAUUUCUCUCCUUUUGGCUAUUGUUCCUCUUUAUAUAUUUAUAUAAGAAAGGUGAGAUGCAGAGGCAGAGAAUACCAGUGUUAUAGAGUUUAGCAGACCUAGGCUGUUCUUGUUUUCUGUCAUUGGCUGAUACGCUUUGGUUGUCUGAAAUUCACCUGACUGCCCCUUCAUUCCUCAACUUUAUAUAUAAGUUGACAAAAUACAAGAUACCCAGGGAUUUCUAAUGUAGGGAAGUUCUGGAGGUUUGUGGACUGGGAAUCUAAACUCAUUACCAUCUGGCUUUCUUCUGUAGCUUAGCAGAGGACUGAGGAGGAUUUCUUACGUACAAAGGUGGUGGAUUUAAGGCACUAGCUCACUUCUCUUAACUCUGGCCAUGUUGACCUUCAAAGGAAACUGAUCUGCCUUGGAGACACAGGCACUGAGUAAAUGCUACAAAUAUAGAGACCGACAUCGUGAAUUUGGAUACUCGACCCUUUACAUUUUACCACUGGGACUUUAGGUAAGUUCUUUAUCUUCCAGCCACAGUCUAGUCUUCUUUUCUUUAAAAUUCACACUUAUAAGUGUCUAAACCUUCUGACAUUAUUGUGAAGAAUAGGUGAAACACUACACACAAAUCACUUAGUAUAGUGCCAAGUGCAUGACAGUUACUCAGUGAAAGAUUGUCCCACAGGAAGCUUGUGCAGGACAUGCAAGCCCCAGCAUGCUGCCACAAAUGUGGAAAAACAGAGCACAACAAAGGGUUUAUGCCCAAAUAUCUGAGCACAGGAAUUAAAGUAGUGACCAGAUUUUCUCAGUGUGAGAUGAGGUUUCUAUUAGUUUUUGAGCCAGGGCAGGGAACAAAAUUCAUUUAUUACUUUAAGAUGAAUUGAACACCAAAGACAUCAGUUUUGACAUAUACUCAAAUUGUUCAGUUUACCUUUGUGUCUGCAUGCUGUGAGGGAAAAGGAAGAAUCUGAAUAUUUUAAAAGGAUCAAAAUAUAUACAGAUUACUUGAAAAUCUGCAGGAAAUGGAAUGAAUAGCUGAAUGAGUCAUGUUUUGAACGUGACUGAAUUCAUCUUGAUCGGUCUUACACAAAACCCCCAAGUACAGAAAGUAGUGUUCGUGACAUUUUUGGUUCUGUACACGGUAACAAUUUCAGGCAACCUGCUCAUUGUGGUUACCAUCAUCCACAGCCGGGCUCUGAGUUCCCCCAUGUACUUCUUCCUGAGCCACCUUUCCUUGAUAGAUAUGAUUUACACUUCCUCUUCCGCUCCAAAGUUGAUUGUGGACUCCUUUCAAGAGAACAAAGUCAUCUCCUUUAAUGGAUGCAUGGCACAAGUCUAUGCAGAGCACAUUUUUGGUGCAACUGAGAUCAUUCUCUUGACAGUGAUGGCCUAUGACCGCUAUGUGGCCAUCUGCAAACCUCUGCACUAUAUGACCAUCAUGAACUACAAGCUAUGCUUUCUCCUGGUGGGAGUGGCCUGGACCGGAGGGUUUCUCCAUGCAACUAUUCAGAUACUAUUUACAGUCUGGCUGCCCUUCUGUGGCCCCAACAUCAUAGACCAUUUUAUGUGUGACUUGUACCCAUUGUUGGAACUUGUCUGCAUGGACACACAUAUCCUUGGUCUCUUCGUUGCUGCCAACAGUGGGUUCAUCUGCCUAUUUAACUUCCUCCUCUUGAUGGGAUCGUAUGUGGUCAUCCUGCGCUCCUUAAGGAACUAUAGCUUGGAGGGCAGGCGCAAAGCCCUCUCUACCUGUGUGUCUCACAUCACAGUAGUGGUUUUAUUCUUUAUCCCAUGCAUAUUUGUAUAUUUACGACCAGUGACCACUCUGCCACUUGAUAAGGCCGUCGCUGUCUUUUACACUAUGGUGGCUCCUAUGCUGAAUCCUUUAAUCUAUACCCUCAGGAAUGCUGAGGUAAAAAAUGCAAUAAAGAAGCUAUGGAGAAAAAAAGUGAGUACAGAUAACAAUUAAACAUGUCAUUGAACUUUACAUACAGAGGCAAUACAUGGACUCCUGA